AUGUCCAACCUAACGGAUCCCCAAUUGGGGGAGUCAAAGAAACGCAAGAGGGUGCGGGUGAAGCCCACACAAGCAGGACCCGAACCGCAAUCUGAAUCGUCUACCUUGAACGACCGAGUCCUUGCAUCCACGAACGAACCGCAAGAAAAGAGCAAGAAGAGACGGAAGACGUCCCAUUCAAGCGAAGAUGAAGAUAAUGACGAGGGCCGGGGUUCAAGGAAAGCUGUGAAUGAUGGUGCGGAAAAAGCAGGGGAAGAGUCGUCGGACAGUGAGGUGGACAGCGGAGUUGACGACAGUGACGAAGCAGGCCCUGAACUCGAAGAAACAGUCGAUACAACGACAGGGAUCACAGAGAUCACUUCUACUCCCUCAGAUCUGCCUACGGACGUGAUGCCUUCACUGCCUGGGACUGAAACCACCCCUCAAGCCUUCUCCGAACUCGCUCUGUCCGAAAAGACCAUGAGAGCCAUCACAGAAAUGGGCUUCACCACUAUGACCGAGAUCCAAAGACGAGGCAUCCCUCCGCUGAUGGCAGGCCGGGACGUUUUGGGCGCCGCAAAAACUGGUUCGGGAAAGACGCUCGCCUUCCUCAUCCCGGCUGUGGAAAUGUUGCACGCUCUACGAUUUAAACCGCGCAACGGCACUGGCGUAAUCGUCGUCUCUCCCACACGAGAACUGGCGCUGCAGAUUUUCGGCGUGGCUCGGGACCUUAUGCAAUUCCAUAGCCAAACUUUCGGCAUUGUAAUCGGAGGCGCAAAUCGCAGCGCCGAAGCCGAAAAGCUCAGCAAGGGCGUCAACCUACUUAUUGCCACGCCGGGCAGGUUGCUGGACCACCUACAAAACACCAAGGGCUUUGUCUACAAAAACGUCAAGGCCCUCGUCAUCGACGAAGCGGACCGUAUCCUCGAAGUCGGCUUUGAAGACGAAAUGCGCCAAAUCGUCAAGAUCCUCCCGGACCGCGACCACCGCCAGACCAUGCUCUUCAGCGCCACGCAGACAACCAAAGUCGAAGAUCUGGCCCGCAUAUCCCUCCGUCCCGGUCCCCUAUACAUUAAUGUGGACCACAAAAAGGAGCACAGCACGGUCGAAGGCCUCGAGCAAGGGUACGUGAUCUGCGACUCGGACAAACGCUUCCUGCUCCUCUUCAGCUUCCUCAAGCGCAACCUGAAGAAGAAAGUCAUCGUCUUCAUGAGCAGCUGCAACUGCGUCAAGUACCACUCGGAACUGCUGAACUACAUCGACCUCCCCGUGCUCGAGCUGCACGGAAACCUCAAGCAGCAGAAACGAACAAACACCUUUUUUGAAUUCUGCAACGCCACCCACGGCACGCUGAUCUGCACGGACGUCGCCGCGAGGGGCCUCGACAUCCCCGCCGUCGACUGGAUCGUGCAGUUCGACCCGCCAGACGACCCGAGGGACUACAUCCACCGGGUGGGCCGCACAGCCCGCGGCGCAGACGGCAAAGGGAGGAGUCUGAUGUUCCUGCAGCCGAACGAGGUCGGCUUCUUGAGCCAGUUGAAAGAAGCCCGCGUCCCCGUGGUCGAGUUCGACUUCCCAGCCAAGAAGCUGGUCAACAUCCAGAGCCAGCUCGAGAAGCUGAUCGGGCAGAACUAUUAUUUGAACAAGUCCGCCAAAGACGGCUACCGCUCAUACCUGCAAGCCUACGCCUCGCACAGCCUUCGCUCCGUCUUCGACGUCAACAAACUCGACCUGGUCAAGGUCGCAAAGAGCUUUGGCUUUGCAACCCCUCCCCGGGUCGAUAUUCAGCUGGGUGCGAGCAUGCGGGAUAAGAAGCAGAACAGUGCCAGGAGGAGUUACGGGAGUCAGCCGAGGCAGAAAAAUGGGUUUAAGAGGAGAUAG